AUGGACGAUAUGGAGCAAAAUUUGAGCAAGCUGCUCAGAGCGGUCGAGUCGUUGAGCUCAUUCCGACGUGAAUUGAUUUCCGGCACCGAUUCGUUUUCGAAAGCGCUUUCCAUGCUUGCGUCAUGUGAGGAAAACACAAGUCUUGCACGAACCCUGUCGCAUUUAACUGAAACUUACGAAAACAUCGGGCAGCUGCAUGCUGAGCAGGCCGAAAAAGACUGUGCCUUGCUCGCCGAAGAAGUCAGCGAGCAGCUGCAAGUAAUUGGCACUUUAAAGGAAUUGUUCUUCGAACGCGUCAAAGUGUGGCAGAAUUGGCAAAGUGCUCAACAGAAUCUCACGAGGAAAAGGGAGGCAAAAGCUCGCUAUGAGCUGUCUGGGAGAACCGACAAAGCGAGCCAAAUUCUGGAGGAACUGAAUAAUGCAGAAAAAGCUGUGGAUGAAGCGGAGAAGGAAUUCUCGGAAGUAAGCAAAGUGAUCCGAGGUGAAUAUGAGACGGCACUGGUGGAGCGAAGGAAGGAUCUGGACAUGAUGCUCUCGCAGUAUUUGCGAGGCCUUCUAGAGACGCAGAAGCAACUUCUCAAGCACUGGGAGACGUUUGCGCCUGAAACGCAGUCUAUUGAGAUCAGCUGA